AGGGAGGAUGCGGGACCCCACGGAACCACCGAGCUUCACCGAGUGGUCACAAGUGGUGAACGGGAGCCCAGAUUCAAAGAUAUCCACCCCAACCAUGGUUAUUCUUUUAUCGACUACUUCCUCAAGUACCUCCUGGUUCUGAGCAACCUAAUGUUCUCCGUCCUGGGCCUGCUUCUUCUCACCGUGGGGCUGUGGGGCCUCAUCAGCAAAGAGUCCUUCACCCAGGAGAAAAUCGGAAGCAUGGGCACCGACCCCAUGCUGCUGCUGGGGACUCUGGGCCUCCUGCUGGCGUUUCUUUGCCUGACGGGCUGUGUGGGCGCCUUGCGGGAAAACACCUUCUUGCUAAAGUUGUUUUCCGGAAUGCUUCUGGUGAUCAUCACGGCGCAGGUUUUGGCCAUCAUCGUGGUGUACAAUGUGCAACAAGAGAUCGGGAACGUCCUACGGUCAGCCAUGUUGGCUGCCAUGGCUCGCUACCAGGACGACCUGGAUCUGAGGUUCAUCACAGAUGAGAUCCAGUCCAAUCUGCAGUGCUGUGGGGCGGAUACUUAUCGCGACUGGGAGGUCAACAUAUACUACAACUGCUCAGCUCCAGGAGUUCUGGCCUGUGGCGUUCCGGCCACGUGCUGCAUUGACCCACUGGAGAACGGCACAAUGUGGAACUCUCAGUGCGGCCUGGACGCCCAAACGCUGGAUGAGUUCAGCGCACAGAGCGUUAUCUUCUUGGGAGGGUGCCUGGGGAACAUCUCGCGGUGGUUGGAGCAGCACCAGGGCUUGAUUGGGACCGUGGCGCUGGUCCUACUGGGAGUCCAGGUUGUGACUGUGUAUGUCACCACACGACUCCAACAGAGGAUCCAUUGGCAUAAAGUCAACGCGUAACCACAUGUCAAUUUGAACUUUGUGCUGAUAUUUCAUGGGGAAAAUAUGCAAAAGUGACUUUUAUUGCAUGUACUACACCCAUAUUUGUGUCUUCAAAAUGUCUGCUCACCCAUCAAGUGUGAAAUUACACAACCAAGUACUUUGUGGGGGGUGGUCUGCCUCUUUCUGAAAAUAUGUCAAGAAGAAAUCUGCUCAGUUUGUGGGCCCCUUAUUUCUUUACCUAUGACUUGGCAGCUACCCGGGCAAAGAGCCACCAUUUUAUUCUCUCCCAAAUGGGAGCAAGCCGCAGAUACCAAUCAAAACUACUGUGGUAGCAUUUUCUGACAUGCAAUAUAAUGGUGUAGACUAAUAGUUGGCCUCACAGUUCUGAGAUUCUGGGUGCAUAUUUCCUCAGUGCUUGUGAGGGUACUUUGUAUUACUGUAUGAUGUGAUCCCCCCUAACUCUCACACACUGCAUGGGGUCAUUUAUGUAAGGGUGUACGAUGUGUACAACUCAUGUAGUAUGCACUCACUGGAUUAAGACAAGAAGAUAAGAAAACCUUUAUUUGUCUCACAAUGGAGAAAUUCACAAUUAGGAUAUAAAGCUGUCCUCCUCAUGACUUUUUUCUGCACCUAACAUACAAACACAAUCGGCAGUCUCCUCCUCAUAGGUUGCAUUUGUAUUCAUACG